AUGGUCCUGCACUGCGAUUCCUCAGAGACCCUGGCUUUCUCCGUCCUCCUGGAGAGAUACUGUGAAGAACUGUUCGCUUAUCACAACGUGACAGGUCCUUACUGCAACUCAACCACCGAUCAGAUUGGGACCUGCUGGCCCAAGACCAUCGCCGGGGAACUGGUGGAGAGACCUUGCCCAGAGUUUGUCAAUGGGGUCAAAUACAACACCACCAGAAAUGCUUAUCGCGAAUGCAUGGGAAACGGAACCUGGGCUUUCAAGGUUAACUACUCCCAGUGUGAACCGAUCCUGGUUGAAGAGACAAAACCUGCCCUGCAUUACAAAGUGGCCAUGAUCAUCAACUACCUGGGGCACUGCCUGUCUGUCGGAGCGCUUGUGGUUGCCUUCCUGCUGUUCCUGUGUUUGAGGAGCAUCCGAUGCCUCCGCAAUAUCAUCCACUGGAACCUGAUCACGACGUUCAUCCUGCGGAACGUGAUGUGGUUUGUACUUCAGAUGAUCGACCACAACAUCCACGAAAGCAAUGAGUUGUGGUGUCGCUGCAUCACGACGAUCUUCAAUUACUUCGUGGUGACCAAUUUCUUCUGGAUGUUCGUGGAGGGCUGCUACCUACACACCGCAAUCGUGAUGACUUAUUCGACAGACAAGCUGAGGAAAUGGGUCUUCCUCUUCAUCGGAUGGUGUAUUCCGUGCCCGAUCAUCGUCGCCUGGGCAGUCUGUAAGCUGCAGUAUGAAGACGAACAAUGCUGGUUUGGAAAGGAACCAGGGAAGUACAUCGAUUACAUCUAUCAAGGACCAGUCAUUCUUGUCCUGCUGAUCAAUUUUGUAUUUCUGUUUAACAUAGUUAGGAUUUUAAUGACAAAACUGAGAGCAUCGACCACUUCAGAAACAAUACAGUACAGGAAGGCCGUUAAAGCAACCCUGGUUCUUCUUCCUCUCCUGGGCAUUACUUACAUGCUCUUCUUUGUCAACCCUGGAGAAGAUGACAUUUCUCAGAUAUUUUUCAUCUACUUCAAUUCCUUCUUGCAGUCCUUUCAGGGGUUUUUUGUGUCCGUGUUUUACUGCUUCUUAAACGGUGAGGUUCGCUCUGCAGCCAGGAAGCGAUGGCACCGCUGGCAGGAUCACCACUCCCUCCGCGUGCGCGUGGCCCGGGCGAUGUCGAUCCCCACUUCCCCGACAAGGAUCAGCUUCCACAGCAUAAAGCAGACAGCCACCGUGUGA